CAAGCAGUCCACGUUCCUUAAACCGUCUAAUUUUUUGUCAAAAAUCAUGGUUAAAGCGAUGAGGCCGUUUACUAGAGCAUCAAGGCUCAUCAACACCCGGGCGUUAUGUCCCAAGUCCUUCUCCACGGCUGCCAAUGGCUCUAUCUCGACCACCCAGCUUCGGAGACAGCUCCCCUCGCACGCCGUCCGUUGCCCGACAGCUCGUCUGCUCCCCGGCAUCAGAGCUGGAGCGCUCGUCCAGCAGAAUGCGGCGAGAUAUGCAUCCUCUACGGUCGUUGAUCCGGCGACACUGGGUAAGACGCAGCUCUAUGAUCUGCACAUCUCCCGCGGGGCAAAGAUGGUGCCAUUCGCCGAUUUUGCCAUGCCUUUGCAGUAUUCCGACCUGAGCCACGUUGAAAGUCACAAGUGGACAAGAGAGAAGGCUAGUUUAUUUGAUGUUAGUCACAUGGUGCAGCAUUCCCUCCGAGGACCUGGUGCAAUUGACCUCCUCAUGAAGGUCACCCCAUCGUCCCUGGAUAAGCUGCCUAAUAACCAGUCGACGCUUUCAUGCUUGCUGGAGGAGGGAACUGGUGGUAUCAUCGAUGAUACCGUUAUCACUCGCCUGGACAAGGACUCGUUCUAUUUCGUCACCAACGCUGGCCGGCGAAAGGAUGACCUAGCCUUCUUGCAGGCCGAAAUUGAUGCGUACAAGAAGGAGCACGGUGAGAGCAGCAUCACAUGGGAUGUGCUCGAGGAUCGGGCGCUUGUUGCUCUGCAGGGUCCCUUGGCUGCUUCUGUCCUGCAGCCAUUGAUCCACAAGGACCAGCAGGCGGACACCGAUCUCAGCACCCUUUACUUCGGACAGUGCCGCUCCUUGUACCUGACUCUUCCCGACGGAUCUGCGACCCCUCACCCUCUCCUUAUCUCCCGUACUGGAUACACAGGAGAGGAUGGGUUUGAGAUCUCCAUUCCUACUGCCGAUGCUCCAUCUCUGCCCAACGACAUCGUUGAGCUUCUCCUGUCAAACCCUGACGAGGUCCGUCUCGCUGGUCUUGCGGCACGAGACUCCCUCCGUCUUGAGGCGGGUAUGUGUCUCUACGGUCAAGACAUCACUACUUCGCACACCCCGCCUAUGGCCGCUCUCACCUGGCUCGUCGGAAAGGAUCGUCGAGACCCUUCCACAGCCAAGUUCAAUGGUGCUUCCGUAAUCCUGCCCCAGAUCGCGUCUCCGUCAAAGACGCUCAGCCAGCGUCGUGUUGGAUUCACGAUCGAGAAAGGACCACCAGCCCGUGAGGGUGCCAUCAUCGUCGAACUGUCAGAGGACGGUCACAAAAACCAGGUCGGCGUCAUCACCUCCGGUCUUCCGAGUCCCACCUUGGGUGGCACCAACAUUGCCAUGGGAUACAUCAAGCAGGGCCUGCACAAGAAGGGAACGGAGGUUGGUGUUCUUGUAAGGAACAAGCUACGCAAGGCAACCGUUACUGGUAUGCCAUUUGUCGAGAGCAAAUUCUACCGCAAGCAAUGAUUUAUCUCCAGGCAAUGACCUGCAUCACCUAUCCAUCUUUUUUAUUAUAUCCAUUUGCUAUUUCUUACAUCUCAUGUUCUAUGUCUCCGACGUUUUCGUUUCACGGUUUUUUUUUAUUACCUUAUGGGAGAUGAACAUAUGCUGGGAAUCGUUGUGCAUUACCACCACAUAUUCAACAUAUUAGACGAUAUUAUAGGAGAAACGAACCAAAAAAUGGCGAGUACAGUGAAUGACAAUCACCAAAGUUAACCAGCUAGCGUGUCACUAGCUGGAUCCAUGGUAAAGCAGUCACUGUCCCUUGCGUAGUAUUCGGUGUAACAUCCAAUAACCUAGAACAUACUGUG